UUUGCAGGUUCAUCAAACAAAUACGUAAUUGCAGGAUCAAUGAUGGGCUCACUUCUAGUGGUGAGUACUCUUGCGGCAAUUCUUUAUAUCAGCAACUCUUAUAAAUCACGGAAAGAAAGCCAAGCAAUAAUUGAGAAGUUUUUGAAAGACUAUAGAGCUCUCAAGCCCACCAGAUAUUCUUAUGCUGAAAUCAAGAGAAUUACCAAUCAGUUUGAAGUCAAGUUAAGGGAAGGGUCUUUCGGUAUUGUGUUCAAAGGAAAUAUUUCAUCUGAGUUCAAGGUUGUAGUGAAGAUCCUCACUAAUUCUAAAGGAAAUGAUGAAGAGUUCAUCACUGAAGUUGGAACAAUGGGUAAAAUCCAUCAUGUCAACAUUAUUCGCUUAAUGGGCUUCUGUGCUGAUGGCUUUAGGAGAGCACUGGUUUACGAAUACUUUCAAAAUGGUUCAUUACAAAAUUUCAUAAAUUCACCAGGCAAUAGGCAAAACUUUGUUGGAUGGAAAAAGCUCUAUGAGAUUGCUUUAGGUACAACCAAAGGAAUUGAUUAUCUUCAUCAAGGCUGUGAGCAACGCAUACUGCAUUUUGACAUCAAACCUCAUAAUAUUCUAUUGGAUGAUGACUUGACUCCAAAAAUAUGUGAUUUGGGGUUGGCUAAACUGUGUUCCAAGGAUCAAAGCAUAGUGUCAAUGACAAACGCUAGAGGAACAUUGGGUUACAUUGCUCUAGAAGUCUUCUCACGAAAUUUUGGAAAUAUAUCUCACAAAGCAGAUGUUUAUAAUUUUGGAAUGUUGCUACUUGAAUUAAUAGGAGGAAGAAGGAUUACCCAUGACACAAAAGAAAAUGCUCCCCACAUUUACUAUCCCGAAUGGAUCUAUAAUAUUUUUGAAGAAAAGGAGGAUGUGAGGAUUCAUAUUGAGGAAAAAGGGGAUGCUAAAAUUGCAAGAAAAUUGGGAAUGGUAGGCCUGUGGUGCAUUCAAUGGCAUGCUGUGGAUCGACCAUCAAUGCAAAUAGUUCUUCAAAUGUUGGAAGGAGAAGGAGACAGAUUACCAAUGCCUCCAAAUCCUUUUAAUUCUGAUGGUCCUUCAACAAGAGAAAGGGCUAAUGUACAAGCAAGAAAUCUGAUGCAAGGUUUAGCAAUAAUCCAGGAAGUAGAGUGAAAGUCUGUAACAGUCAAAUAUUAUAUGAACUUGGUAUUGUAAAUAU